GGCCGCGGACCCGGGCGCGAACUGGGUUGCCAAUGUCCAGUUGUCGUUCCUAAUUCGCUGCCCGGGACGGGUGUCCGAGUCGGCGUUGAUUGCACGGGAGCCUGGGAGCCUGGGAACAUUGGAGCCUGGCUUCGACGUCCAACGGACAGCAGGAGGAGGAGGAGCAGCACUGCGAGGGCGGAUUGCGAAGCCAGGGGCGAAAUUUACCGAAUUAAUCCCAGCGUUAAGGAUGCUAAUGAGACGGGAUCUGAGCCUUCCAAGGUCGGAGGACGCGAUCGGGCCCGUCGAAUAGUGAUCAAGAAUGGGAUUAAUGGCGCCUGGUGAACAGAGCGCGGCACCCGGUUACCAGUGCCGAACAGAGUGUACAAUUAGUGACAUACUUUACGAGUAUGGAGAUUUGCAGUAAUGACAGCGGGUUAGUCGUAAUACGCGCAGAUGUGGGCCGUCGGAUUCGCCCCCGGUGGACGGGCCGCCGUCCGAUGCGAAGUUAGCGCCUGGGAUUACCGGAGCUUCAAGGGUAGGAGAAAGGGCAAGGCCGUGUUGCGUAGGACGGAGAGCUUUGACGAACGUUGGGUUUGAGAGGACAGAACUAUGGAGGAGCUCGGUGGCUAUGGUAGUGCAGGGGGAGGAGGAGGAGGAGGUGGUGGUGAUGGGAGCCAUGGGGCCCCGGGCAGAGGAGGAGGAAAGCAGCAGCAGCAGCAGCAGCAGCAACAUUCGUCUGCUGCAUCUGCCGCUGCGGUUGCCUCUGCUGGAGGGAGAGGAGGAGGAGGAGGAGGAGGGAGGUCGAAGGUACAAGGUUGGUCCUCGUUGACGAGACUGCAUCGCAAUCCGCCAACUUCCUCGCCUCCUCGCGAUCCAUUCCCACCGCUGGCCACGUGCAGCUUUUCCAGCAAGAGUUCGAAGAAUUCGAGGCCGUUUAAUACUCUGUUGGCGUCUCCAAUCUUCGGGGACGAUUUUCACCGGCCGCAGCACAGCGGGGGUGGUGGUUUGUCGUCCGCGAGUUCGUUCUCUUCCAAUUUGCAGGGUCGGAAUUCUGUUCCCGGUGGCGCGACCUCGAUUCAAAAUGGCCUCGCUUACUCCAGCAAUGGGCGCGGUGCCGGAGGAGGCGUCGAGGCGGACGGAGGAGUCGUGGUGGGUGAGACGGACGAGCGGCGGAUUCGGAGAGUCGGGUACGGUGGGUCGGAUUCGUCUUCUUCGUCCUCUGAUUCGUUCGCUUCGAAUUCUUUCGGCCCAAAUGGGCAUCCUCGUCAACAGGGUGCUGGAGGUGCAGGAGCAGCAGCAGCUGCCGCCGGGUCUACUGCAGGGAAUUAUUAUCAGCACGGGCAGUCUGCGAGAUCCCCACCAGCUUCGUCCGCAGCUUCGCACAACAAUCGGGUUCAACCAGCGGGUGCUGGUGCUGGCCCCGGGCUGAGUCCGGGGCCUUUCGGGUCUGGCUUUCCGAGCAGCUCGGGAAUCGUUGUGAGCAAUCAGGUUUUGCAGCACAGCGGGAAAGAGGCAGGGGCUUCUAAACACGAGCGGGCCUUGGAGCUCUCGGCGGACGCUGCACCUUUCGUUCCUGCGGUGAAAAGAGGGUCUUACGAUCAGGCCCUGCCGCAGCUGGGCGGGGCCGGAGAGGCCGAGCCGAGUGUUUUGAGGGAUCACAGCAAUGCUUUGGAUCACAAUAUCGAGGGCCAUUUUCACCAUCGAGAUUUGGGCGGGAGAAAUGAGAAUCGAGAUACUGCGGUUGCUCCGGAGAAUAGAGAACCUGAAAGGCCCUCUGUUUCCGACUGUAGGUCUUCCACCGGCGACGCAGAGAGGGACGCUAAUGGUGAAGCCGGUGCUCUCGCCUACGAUCAUGGUAGAGAUGGUGGCGACUCCACGGCUGCGAGCAGUGCUUUCUACGUCCCCAUGGAACCAGAAUGGGAGGAGGAUGACCUCUACCUUCGUUACCGCUCGGAUGCCCUCCGAACUGCCAGGGAGAGAGAUAGAUUCGCUCGUGGAGCUUCACAGGCCUACAUUCGAGGCGAUCAUAGGAGGGCAAAGACUAUGUCCAAACAAGCCCAAGAGAGGCGACUACUUGCUGAAAGACUGAAUGCGGAAGCUGCUCAUGAAAUUCUCAACCAGAGAAACAACGACGCCAGCAGAAAUAUUUGGCACAUCGACUUGCAUGGGCUGCACACAGGCGAAGCUGUGGCAGCACUGGAGAACCGGCUGAUCUACAUUGAAUCAGAGAUUCUUUCUUCUGGCCAGACAAAUACGAGGGAUGGAAUUUUUGUACCACAAAUCGAACAUGAAGUGGGCGAAACUUCGAAUUUAAGAGCCCAGCAGGACGUUUUGAAACACAAGCAUACUCAAAGUUUGAUCACGGCCCCUCGGGAGCUCGUAGUAAUCACUGGAGUCGGUGUUCAUAGCCAAGGAGGCCCUACAAUUCCAUUUGCAGUGAAGAAUUUCCUCCUCACCAACGGGUACCAGUUCGCGCAAAAUACCCCGGGUUCUUUCUCGGUGCGACCGAAGCUCAGAUUGUCUGUAUGAUCCAACGAAGAGGUUGUAUUUACUGUUCCACGAACAGAGAUAUUUGGUCUUUUUGAUGCUUGACUUCGUCGUAGGUGUAUAGAGUUCAUAGGGUCUUUUCAGGUUAGAGUUCUUCGAGGUCGGAGUAGUACAAUUUUCGCUAUAGAGAAUUAAUUUGAUGUAGUUUACUUCUUCGCCGGACAACCCGAUGGGUAGGUUGUGUGAUGUCGGGAUAGGUUUACUUCUCUCUGGUUUGAAGAAUAGCAUGGAUCUGGUCUAUGCCUACGCCCGACAGCACGAUGGUAUGCUUCAUCAUGGGUUCGCUUAUGUUGCCCCUAGUCGGAAACACAUGAGCAACAUCGUGAUGCGACGAGCUUGAGUACGUUCGUUGUCUUGAACGAUGUGUGUAUUUACGAAAUAGCGUAGGAGUCGGAGAUCAGCAUAAGGAUCAUCCGAAGUCAAGCACACCUUUAGAAGAAUACACAGACCACGGUAUAUCACUUAUAUUGGACCUUGUACAUAUUCAGCACCUAUCGCUGAUAAAUAUACAGUUGCCUUUGAAGGACAAUCUUAGUGAACGUCGAAUCUGUUGUAAAGGAGAUGACAGGAACUUUUUUCCAAAAUGGGCCAGUCAAUCAUCGUUGGUACUCUUCGCAGUAUGAUGCACUACCUGUCCCUCGGUACAGUAUAAACGCCUUUGUCUUUUAGCUUUAACUGUUGAUGGUGGUCGGUGCAAAACAUAUAUAGUCAUGAGCAUCUUCAAGUACUUGUUUCCACACCAUUUCUUGACCCAGGUGUUCUGUGUCCACGCAUUUUUGAAAAGCCGUUGUAAUAAUAUCUUUGGGGGACGCAUUUUAACUUAGACCGUUCAGGAUCAAAUAAAUUACCUGAAUACCACUCUGUCUGUGUCGGGAUAUAUUCAGGAAAUAGAGGUUGUUCAAAACUAUCAGACACUGCCAAGCCGGAUCUGACGAUCUCACAGAGCUUGUGCUCGUUCCCA